AUGAAUUCUAACAGUAAUUAUUCUCCAUUUGUCGAACAUUCAUUUCGUCGACUAAGUCUUCUUAUUCAUCAACAAGAAGAUGUACUUGCUACUAAUACUAAUAAAAUAACUGAACAAUUAUCUAAUAAAUCAUUAGAAAACAAUAUUAAUAAUAAUGAUUUAGUAUCAUUUACAUCAAAAAUGAAAUCUCAUCAACAAUCAACUGAUAUUAUUGAAGCAACGAAAAAAAUUGAAUCAAUAUCAACAAGAACAAAUCGUACUUAUAUGCGACCACCGAAACAUCAAACAAUGAUUUCUUAUCGUUGUUCUACAUCACAAUUAUCCGAUCGAUCAGAAACUUCUUUUAAUCAUUCAUUAGAAUCUCCAUGUUCACCAUCUCAAACAAAACAAGAAUCAAAUCAAUUACCAAUUCAUAUGCCAUAUCAACAAACUGUAUAUGAUAUAAAAUUUGAAAAAGAACGUCAAAAUAAUCAAUAUCAAAAAUAUAAUGUUCCUCCACCAUUUCAACGAGAAUGGUUAAGACAACCACGUUAUAAACCUCAGGAACGACCUAAUUUUGGUCAAACUCAACAGUCACAAAGUGAAUAA